UCUCGCUAAAACACCGCGUCGAAGUCCACUUCUUUGGGAGCUUGAUUGCUGGUAAACUGAACUGUAGCGGAAUUAAGUGGAAUUUGAAUGUUGUUGGACCUCUUCGGCUCUCUGCCACCUCCUCGUAGACGCCGACAGAGUACCUCUCCUCGACGGCAAUUGCCCGUGGUCGGUGCCCGGUCAGCGAAGCAGGAGCCAUGCCUGUCCCCGCUGGAUACCUCAGCGACUCCACCGCCGCGGCCUUCACAUCCUCGGCCUCACUUAUCCCGCCGCCCCCGAUAAACACGCAGCAGCCCGGUGUUGUCACUUCGCUUCUGUACAGCGGUUCCAAAUUCAGAGGCCACCAGAAAAGCAAAGGAAACUCUUAUGACGUGGAGGUUGUUUUGCAGCAUGUGACCAUGGAGGAUUCCUACUUAUGUGGCUACCUGAAGAUAAAAGGACUAACAGAGGAAUAUCCAACACUGACCACUUUCUUUGCUGGAGAGAUCAUCAGUAGGAAACGGCCAUUUCUCACUCGGAAAUGGGAUGCGGAUGAGGAUGUGGAUCGUAAGCACUGGGGCAAGUUCCAGGCCUUCUACCAGUAUGCAAAGACAUUCAACUCUGACGAUUUUGACUACGAGGAUCUGAAGAACUCUGACUAUAUUUUCAUGAGGUGGAAGGAACAGUUUUUAGUCCCUGACCACACAAUUAAGGACAUCAGCGGCGCUUCCUUUGCGGGAUUCUACUACAUCUGCUUCCAGAAAUCCACAGCAACAAUUGAGGGCUACUACUACCACAGGAGCUCCGAAUGGUACCAGUCUUUGAACCUCACCCAUGUUCCUGAGCACAGUGCAGCAAUCUACGAGUUCCGGUGACCCUGGUCGGCGUUGUGGAUCUUUCUUUUGUUGGACUAAGACUUAAAAGCAAAGCAGAGGUCUGCAGACGCUACUAGGGAUUUGGACUUGGAGCAGUACAAACUUUUACAUGUUCUCAACCAGUGGGUGGACAGAUGAAGAUGAGUAUACAGGAUAUAAGGGACAAAUGAAUGUACGCAUGGAAACGCUGGAAAGGAAGAAAGUGCAGGUGUGCUCCCUGGUUGGAGCUUGUAAAGUCAGAACCAGCAGCAAAGACUGGGUGCGGUUCAUAUAGUGUGCCCCUUUCUUCAUUUCUUUUAAUGUCUGGCUUUAAAAAUGCUUGGCACAAUAUCUUGAGACACUUUAAGCUGAGUUGGGAAUUCCCCUUCUUAUUUUGCAAAUCAAAACGUAUCCAGCUUUCAUUCACUCGGAAUGAGCAGAAUAAACAGGUUCGGCGACCGUCGGACAAGGAUUCCUUGCAGGACUCUGUUCUUAUAAACACAAUCUCUAAAGAAGUAAAUCACCAUGUCGGUGGAGGAAAGCCAACACAGAAGGUUAGGUUUAUCAGGUUUUACAAUUGGAGCUUUAAUAAGCUCAUAAGCUAGAAAGUCAGUAUUUUUAAGCUAAGCUGGUUCUUCGUUUGCCUGCCAAGAGUAUAUGUUGUUGUUUUACUCUGAAUGAUGGUCACUGAGCGGCACUUUUUCUUUCUUUCUUUUUUUAAAAAUGGAUACAAUCUGAGAGACACAAGCUUUUCCCCUGUGUUUAUAAAACCGCGUGGGAGAUCAUCACAUAGGAUUGCUGUGGAUCUUAUUCUUUUGAGUUAUGUUUGCACAGGUUUUGUUUUUGUUACUAAAAUGCUUGCAGUUAGCGUUCUACACCUACAUCCCAGUACACAAGCUUCAAGGCCGCAGGUUUCACACUUUUCAUUUUCUUUAUUACAUGUGGCUUUAGAGCCACUACAAUCCCAUAACAGUAUUCAGAAGAGAGUAUUUUUUUAUCCCGCACUCUGCAUCAAACGAAAAGCUUUUUACUCCCCGUGUGUCGUUUUAAAUUAAGACCCCCCCCCUCCCCUCCCACCACCCUACAUUUGUCUCCUCAACUAUGCAACACUUUCAAGAUAGCACUCCCCAAAAGUAAGGCCCUGAUAUGUGAGAGGGAAAAUUUGAUUCUAUCCUUAGAGUAUAUGAAAUAGAACUAUCUUAAUUAAAAGGAAAUAUUUUUGUUAUAAAUAUAUGUGACAACACUCUCCUGCCUAAUCAUGUUCCCCUUCUAUUUGAUGGUGCCAUCUUUUUAAAGCUUAUUAGAGUUGUAUUAUAACAAAACGUGUUUGUUUGAGACUAACAUUGGAUUUGAUUGGUGGUGUGACUAUAAAGAGUGGAAUAUGGAUUUUAAAAAAAUCAUUUCAAAACA